AAUCUCACCAGAUUGCCGGCGAAGCCUUCGGUGGGAUCGCGGCGUCCGAAACCCUCGAUAAUCUGCCCCUGCUACUCCUAUCGGAAACCCUAGAAGAAGAAGCACGAGGAGAUAGUCAGGCGAGCUCAGUGGCUAACGCAUCAGCUGAUGGAUUGGCAAGGACAAAAACUCGCAGAGAAGCUGAUGGAGAUUUUUCUGGUAGCGUUUGGUAUAGUCGCGUUUGUUGUGGGGUAUUCUAUAGGCUCUUUCCAGACCAUGCUUCUGAUCUACGCUGCUGGUGUGCUUUUGACCGCACUGGUUACAGUGCCCAACUGGCCAUUCUUCAAUCGCCACCCUCUGAACUGGUUGGAUUCCAUUGAAGUAGAUCGCCAUCCUAAGCCUCAGCCUGCUGCAGCUCAUUCUUCAAAGAAGAAGUCCUCAAAGCAGAAGUAGUUCAGAUUACAGACACUUGGUAUCAACCGAUUCGAAUUGUGUUUCAAUGGUUCUUAAUGCUCAUGUUUCCUAUAUUUAUCACUGCCUUUCUGUUAGUCUUCAUUUGAAUGUUUUAAAGCAGAACAAUUUAUGACUUUGAAAUAUGUUCUUUUCUCUUGAAUCA